UCCAGCGGGGUGCAGCUGCUUCCGUCCGCUCUGCCGAGCCGAUGUCUGGCUUCGACCUGGUCCCGGUGGACGGCGGGGAUCCGGUCCACCUGCCACCCGGAGAGACGGUGUUGGGCCGGGGCCCGUUACUGGGAAUCAGUGAUAAGCGAGUCUCCAGACACCACGGGCUGCUGGAGAACCUGAGCGGAGAGCUACGCCUCAAAGCCACACACCUGAACCCGUGCUUCAUUCAGUCGACCCCCACCAAUGACCCUCGACCUCUGCAGAAAGGUUCCUGGCACGUCCUCCGUCAUGGAGACUUCUUCUCUCUGCUGCCGGGUCGGUUUAUCUACGAGGUGGUGUCAGUGGGCGGAGACGAGCGCACGCCAAGUGUCGCUCCCCACAGGAACAGCCAGAUGUUAGAAGAAGAAGAAGAGACACUUGCUGUUCCUCCUGAUCCAGCUGUGGAUCCACGUCCAGCUGUCAGACUGAACCAGGAGGAGCCGCCGCCGUCAGCAGCUCCGGAGGAAGACGAGGAGGCCGAGAGACCGUUCAAGGGUGACUCGGUGGGAUCGGCGAAGGAUGAUCAGCGAGACGCCGCUCCGUCUGUGACCAGGAGAAGAGUUUUACCUGCAUGGAUGCUGGUGGCUGUACCUGCUGCAAAGACUCCGUCCUCCACCCCGACAGUUCGGACCUGCCGACCUGCAGCGCCAUCACCUGCCACUAAACGAGCAGCUGUCGCACAAGCCACGCCCACAGCAACCUCCUCACCUGAGGAGGCGGAGUUCAGCAGGAAGGAGGAGGAGAGGCCGAGGAAGAAGAAGAGAAAACUGAGUGAUGACGAAGAACAACCUGAGGAGGCCGCCGCCCACCAUCCGGCUAAACCAAACAGGUCUGAGGACAGCGGCGAGAACGACCGCUUCACCAUGAAGGCGGAAGCGGAGGACAAAGCAAACGAGUCUGAGAAAGAGGGCAAGAUGUCUGAAAACAACGGGACGUCUAAACGAGCCGAGCCCGCCGGGUCGAACGGAGACGCCGAGUCCAGCCCCGCCCCUUCCAAAGCCCGAGUCAGAACGCCGUGUCCGUACGGGAAGGACUGCUACAGGAAGAACCCACUUCAUUUCCAGGAGUGCAGUCACCCUGGAGACACGGACUACGAGGAAGAGGAGGAGGAGGAGGAGGAGGAGGAGGACAAACCUGAGUGUCCGUACGGCACCGACUGCUACAGGAAAAACCCCCUGCACAGGAAGGAAUACAAACACACAAAGAAACCAGUAAAUCCCCCCACAGCUCGCCACGUUGCCAAAAAGACUCCCGCUGAUGAAGACGACGAGGACGAGUACGAGGACAGCUUCAUUAAUGACGACAGCGAGGACGCGGGCGAUGACUCGGACUACGUCCCUCCUGACUCAGACGACAGCGGGAAGGAGGACAUCAAAGGCCUGCAGAGAGAGGCUACGGCCUUCCUGAAGAGGAGGAAGUAGGUGGAAACAUGCCCCGCCCCUCGCUGAGGGCUCAACAGACCAGAACGCCGUGUUUGAUGACGUCAUCCUCUACAAACCCGGUCCAUCCGCAUUGAUUUUAAACCAUACCUGUGUGGUUUUUCACAUUAAAGGUUCGGCAGCCUUUUGUAGAGAGGCUUUUAAUGUGAAAAACAUCUGUCAAUAUUCAGCAAAGAAGAAACGAGUAUGAACACAUGAUUUCUGCUUUCUGUUUCCUGUUGGUUUUGCUUUAUGGUACUCGUGAUGAUGGAUAAGACACGUCCUUGUGUUGUUUCACAUUAAAAGUCUCAAAGUCUUCCCUUUACAGACUUUUAAUGUGGAAAUAACAUCAGGAAGUCUUUGUGAAUAAGGAGUGAGAUAACAAGGAAAAAACAUGUUUACAUUUUUUUGUUGUAUUUCCAUUUUCUUCUUUGCUGUGAUGAGGAACAUUCAGGUGUUUUUUCAAAUUAAAAGUGUUGCAGCCUGUCAAACUUGGAUUGCAUCAAUCAGGAGCACAACAAAGGAGAAACACGUGGAUUAAAACAUGAAACUAUUAUUUCUGCCAUCAUGUUUCAGUUUGCUCUACUUGUGAUUAGUGCUGAGGUGCAUCCAGGUUUUUUCAGAGUAAAACUCAUAUUUAGGUUUUCAAAUAUAUGCCUUUGUUUUGCUUUUAAUGUGAAAAAGAGAGGAAGUAACAGUCGUACUUGCACUUUUUCAAAAUAAGUCUCAUUGUUUUCAUUUUAAUGUGAAAAAGUGUGUCUUCAUAUAUCCGUAGUGUCAGUAAGAAGAAACACAGCGGGUUUCUUCUUCCAGUAAAAGAAGUGCUGCAGGACUUUUAAUUUGAAAGGGAUUAUUUCUGGCUGUGGGGGUGGAGCACGUUUGAGGCCCACCAAACAUUAAAAUAAGUAACACUAAAAUAAAAGCCCGACCCGUUUAAGUUCUGGAUUUCUCCAAGUUUACCUGUAAAGUCACCUGUGAGAAGUCGACCGGAGGCCGUCCAAAGUGCUCGGGUCCGUUUUAUUUUGAAGCAGCUUUAAAAUGAAGCGAGUGAUUAAUUCUGGUAAGAAAUCGUGUUUUCUACUCAGAGACGGCGUCCUCCACAGAGGGUCCGAGCAGCGACCACAGCUGAGCCGUGGCGCUCUCUGACCUGCUUUUAUUUUUGUAAAUAGAGACUGUGCUGUUUGCCGCAGACGCAGGUGAGUCUGGAUUCUGAACCACGAAACGUCUGAAACUGUUUUUGUGUCGCUCAGAGAGGAACGUAAACCAUUUUUAUCAGCUCACUGAUUCUUGGACUGUUUUUCUAUUAAAUACAUCAAAAACAAA